AGUCUCCCGGCGGCCGGAUUGCUCUGAGCACCGUGGAUCUCGCCACCUGCUCAAAGGCCGUCUUCGUCCGCGCACUUGCCGCCAGCCCCGCCGGGUACGGGCAGCGCGCGACGGCCUCGCGCUCAGCCUCCUCUCACUCCCCUCGCAGCGGAAUAGCUCGCGCGCCCCCGACCCUCUCUUUCCCCAGCGGAGCCGGGCGACGGCGCGGCCAUGGCGGACACGGCGCAGAAUGGGCCCAUGCAGGGAGGCGCGGGCGGCGGAGCCGUGCAAUUUCUGAUGACUAAUAAGUUGGACACAGCAAUGUGGCUUUCUCGUAUAUUCACAGUUUACUGUUCGGCGUUAUUUGUCCUGCCUCUGCUAGGGUUGCACGAAGCAGCCAGCUUUUAUCAACGUGCCUUGCUGGCAAAUGCUCUUACCAGCGCUCUUCGGCUUCAUCAAAGGCUGCCACACUUUCAGUUAAGCAGGGCGUUUCUGGCUCAGGCCUUGCUGGAGGACAGCUGUCACUACCUUUUGUAUUCCCUCAUCUUUGUUAAUUCCUACCCUGUUACAAUGAGUAUCUUCCCAGUUCUGUUGUUUUCUUUGCUUCAUGCUGCUACCUACACAAAAAAGGUUCUUGAUGCACGAGGAUCAAAUAGCCUUCCUUUUCUAAGGAAUCUUUUGGAUAAGUUAAAUGCUAAUCAGCAAAAUAUCCUAAAAUUUGUAGCCUGCAAUGAAAUCUUCUUGAUGCCAGCUACUGUGUUUAUGCUUUUCAGUGGGCAGGGAAGUUUGCUGCAGCCUUUCAUUUAUUACAGGUUUCUUACACUCCGUUAUUCUUCACGCCGAAAUCCAUAUUGCCGAACUCUCUUCACAGAGCUGCGGAUUGUUGUUGAGCAUGUCAUAAUGAAGCCGUCAUGCCCUGUAUUUGUACGAAGACUCUGUGUCAGCAGCAUUUCAUUUAUCAGCAGACUGGCACCAACCGUUGCAUAGCCCAAAUUGGAAAAAUGCAUCUGUGUGUUUAAUGAACAUUUUGAGCAGCUGGUAUUUCUGCUGAUGAUUUAUAAAUUCAGGAUCUCAGUCAAGGUUGUAUGAAAAAAAAAAAUGUUGUUUUCUUCCAAGAGCCUGUUUUGUGACUUGUAUUCUAUGUGUUUAAAAGAAAAGUCUUGUUUUUCAACAUGUUUCUGUGCUUGUGGAAGAUGAAUGCCUGCCACCUUAGAGAAAUUACUUUUCAAGUCAAAAAAUAACUUGCAAUAUGGCUUAUGUGCUGUUAUGUUUGCUCUCAUCAAUUCCGAAUGAAAAUACUUAUUUAAAAAUGUUCAGGCAAUGCUAGCUGGAUUGUGUCUAACAAGCUAUAAAGAUGUUGCUGCAGCAUAGUUGGUAGCCUCUUAGGAGUAGCAAUUGGACUAUCUACAUAUGCGGUACAUUUGAGUCAGUAUUCCUUCCAUGCAGUAAAUGAAAGCAUUUCAUUCAAUUGAGAAAAUCAUUAUAUCCAAUACAAAUCAGUUGGCAUCUGCUCAAUGUGAACAAUAGGCAAAAACAUCUCAUUUUGUUCUGAUUUAUUUAAUGAUUUUGAGAUGGAAAGCUCUCCACCAUUUCUGAGAUGUUUAUUUCUUUGUAAAUAUUUUUCUAAAUCAUCUGAAUGCCCUACUAUUUUUGCUGUCGUCCAAAAGCACGGACUCUUAAUAUGCCAAUCUUUGAAGAUUCUGAAUAAUAAAGACAGAUGUUACAGUUAUUUCCAAGACAAA